AUGGUGAACUUGUGGGCGAUGCAGGAGGAGAAACACAUGGAAAGGGUCACGAAGAUGAAGGAAGACGUGAAGGAUUUGAUUUGCAGCGAAAUGCCUCGGGUGGAGAAGCUCGAGCAGAUCGACGCGGUCCAACGGCUAGGAUUGGGAUACCACUUCGAGGAGGAGAUCAAGAACGCAUUGCGAGCCAUUACAAAUGGCACGACCAAUAGGUCUUGGGCUUUCGACGGUGAUCUCCACGCCACGGCGCUUCGGUUUAGGCUUCUCCGCCAAAACGGCUUCACCGUGGAGCAAGGCGUGUUCGAAAGAUUCAUGACAGAAGAUGCGAGCGGUUUCCAAGAAUCCCUGAGGGAAGAUGUCAAGGGUUUACUGAGCCUGUAUGAAGCAUCCUUCUAUGGAUUCACAGGCGAAGCCAUCAUGGAUGAAGCCAGGACUUUCUCGUCUGCAUGUUUGGAAAAUCUCAAGGGAGACGGUGUCUGGUCGAAAAGGAUAGAUCACGCUUUGGACAUGCCCGUUCACUGGAGGCCCAACAGAUUGGAGGCCAGAUGGUUCAUGGACAUGUACGAGGAAGAUCGGCUCGAUCGCUCGAACCCCGUCUUGCUCGAUCUGGCUAAGCUUGAUUUCAACAUAGUGCAGUCGGUUUAUAGAGACGAAGUCAGCAAAUUAGCCAGGUGGUGGGUGAAUUUAGGGUUGAACAAGAUGGAUUUUUGCCGGGAUAGACUGAUGGAACAUUACUUAUGGAAUGCUCUAAUGGUCUACGAACCGCAAUUCGGAGUUUUCAGGGAGAUGAGCACCAAGGUCACGUGUAUGAUCACAUUGAUGGACGAUGUUUAUGACAUUUUUGGUACAUGGGAAGAACUCCAGCUCUUGACGACAUUCAUUGAGAGAUGGGAUAUCUCGGAAAUCGACAAGCUUCCUCCAACGAUAAGAACUUGUUUCCUUGCCAUGUACAACACUACCAAUGAAAUUGGCUAUUGGACGGUGAAAGAUAGAGGCUUCAACAUCAUUCCCUACUUACACAGAUUGUGGGUAAAUCAAGGUAAGUCAUGGUUAGAAGAAGCAAAGUGGUAUCACGAGGGCUACAAACCAUCACUCAAGGAGUAUCUCAACGCUUCAGUGACAUCAAUAGGAGGACAUGUUGUGUUGUUCUGCUCCUACUUCGCCACUUCAGACAAGCUGUCCAAAGAGACCCUAGAAUACUUAUGCAGCAUCCCCAACGUUAUGUAUUGCUCCUCCCUGAUUCUUCGGCUCACGAACGAUCUGAGCACCUCAUCGGCCGAGUUGGCGAGGGGAGAUAAUUUCAAGUCGCUGCAGUGCUAUAUGAAUGAAACCGGAGCUUCUGAAGAGGCAACCCGACAUCACCUGAAGAGAUUGGUGCGAGAAGCUUGGAAACAGAUGAACGAGGAUGCCCUCGGCCACAACCCGUGCUCGGGGUCGGGGUCGAGGCGUUUCCUCGGCGCGUGCCUGAACCUCGCGCGGGCGUCGCAGCUGUUCUAUCAGUACGGGGACGGCCACGGGAUUCCGGAUCGUGAGACGAAAGACAACCUCAGGUCGAUCCUCAUCCAACCCGUCUCGAUAAGAGUAGCAGCAACAGCGAGCAGCUAA